CUAACCUGGCAGGAAGUCCUCGAAAACGGAUAUGUUGCCGAAGGGCCUGUAGCAGGGGUCUUGGUGGGUCGCGGUCUAUCCUUUCCUCUACCGGGUUGUGACCACGAGCCCUCCCCAUUUUGGAGAGGCAGCGGCGGCGACUCUUGCGUCGCCGCCAUGCACGACGCUUUUGAUCCGGUGCCGAUCCUAGAGAAGCUGCCUCUGCAGAUCGACUGCCUGGCUGCCUGGGAAGAAUGGCUUCUUGUUGGAACCAAACAAGGACAUCUUCUUCUCUAUAGGAUUCGGAAGGAUGUUGUGCCAGCAGAUGUAGCAUCACCUGAAAGCAGCAGUUGCAACAGAUUUGAAGUAACUCUUGAGAAAUCCAAUAAGAACUUCUCCAAAAAGAUUCAACAGAUCCAUGUGGUUUCCCAGUUUAAGAUUCUGGUCAGCUUGUUAGAAAACAACAUUUAUGUCCAUGAUCUCUUGACAUUUCAACAAAUCACUCUAGUCUCAAAGGCAAAGGGAGCAUCGCUGUUCACCUGUGACCUCCAUCACACAGAGACUGGCGAGGAGGUGUUGCGGAUGUGUGUGGCAGUAAAAAGGAAACUGCACCUCUAUUUCUGGAAGGACAGGGAGUUUCAUGAAUUGCAGGGGGACUUUAGUGUGCCAGAUGUACCCAAGUCUAUGGCCUGGUGUGAAAAUUCCAUCUGUGUGGGUUUCAAGAGAGACUACUACCUAAUAAGGGUGGAUGGAAAGGGGUCUGUCAAAGAGCUCUUCCCAACAGGAAAACAGCUGGAACCUUUAGUCGCACCUCUGGCAGAUGGGAAGGUGGCUGUGGGUCAGGAUGAUCUCACCGUGGUGCUCAAUGAAGAGGGGAUCUGCACCCAGAAGUGCGCCCUGAACUGGACAGACAUCCCAGUGGCCAUGGAGCACCAACCCCCCUACAUCAUCGCAGUGUUGCCUCGAUACGUGGAGAUCCGCACACUUGAGCCGAGGCUUCUGGUCCAGAGCAUUGAACUUCAAAGGCCUCGUUUCAUUACCUCAGGGGGAUCAAACAUUAUCUAUGUGGCCAGCAAUCACUUUGUUUGGAGACUCAUUCCUGUCCCCAUGGCAACCCAGAUCCAACAGCUUCUCCAGGAUAAACAGUUUGAAUUGGCUUUGCAACUCGCAGAAAUGAAAGAUGAUUCUGACAGUGAGAAGCAGCAGCAAAUCCAUCACAUCAAGAACUUGUAUGCCUUCAACCUCUUCUGCCAGAAGCGCUUUGAUGAGUCCAUGCAGGUCUUUGCUAAGCUUGGCACAGAUCCCACCCAUGUGAUGGGCCUGUACCCUGACCUGCUGCCCACCGACUAUAGGAAGCAGCUGCAGUACCCUAACCCGCUGCCCGCGCUCUCGGGGGCUGAGCUGGAGAAGGCCCACUUAGCGUUGAUCGACUACCUGACACAGAAACGAAGUCAGUUGGUGAAAAAGCUGAACGACUCUGACCACCAGUCCAGCACCUCCCCGCUCAUGGAAGGGACGCCCACCAUCAAGUCCAAGAAGAAGCUGCUGCAGAUCAUCGACACCACCCUGCUCAAGUGCUACCUCCAUACGAAUGUGGCCCUCGUGGCUCCCUUGCUGCGGCUGGAGAACAAUCACUGCCACAUUGAGGAGAGUGAGCACGUGCUGAAGAAGGCUCACAAGUACAGCGAGCUGAUAAUCCUGUAUGAAAAGAAGGGGCUCCAUGAGAAAGCUCUGCAGGUGCUGGUGGACCAGUCCAAGAAAGCAAACUCCCCUCUGAAGGGCCAUGAGAGGACAGUGCAGUACCUGCAGCACCUGGGCACAGAAAAUCUGCAUUUGAUUUUUUCCUACUCAGUGUGGGUGCUGAGAGACUUCCCAGAGGAUGGCCUGAAGAUAUUUACGGAAGACCUUCCAGAGGUGGAGGCUCUGCCCCGAGAUCGAGUGCUUGGCUUCUUAAUAGAGAAUUUUAAGAGUCUGGCUGUUCCUUAUCUGGAGCACAUCAUCCACAUCUGGGAAGAGACGGGCUCUCGAUUCCACAACUGCCUGAUCCAGCUAUACUGUGAGAAGGUGCAGGGGCUGAUGAAGGAGUACCUUCUGUCCUGCUCCGCAGGCAAAGCCCCAGUUCCUGCUGGAGAGGAAGGGGGCGAGCUGGGAGAAUACCGGCAAAAGCUGCUCAUGUUUUUGGAGAUUUCCAGUUACUAUGAUCCAGGACGGCUUAUCUGUGAUUUUCCUUUUGAUGGCCUCUUAGAAGAGCGAGCACUCCUACUCGGGCGCAUGGGGAAGCACGAGCAAGCUCUUUUCAUCUAUGUCCAUGUUUUGAAGGACACUAGGAUGGCAGAGGAGUACUGCCACAAGCAUUAUGACCAAAGCAAAGAUUGCAACAAAGAUGUGUAUCUGUCCCUGCUUCGGAUGUACCUGUCACCCCCCAGUAUUCACUGUCUCGGGCCAAUGAAGUUGGAGUUGCUGGAACCACAAGCCAACCUCCAGGCCGCCCUGCAGGUCCUUGAGCUGCACCAUAGCAAGCUGGACACCACCAAGGCUAUCAACCUUCUGCCAGCAAACACUCAGGUUAAUGACAUCCGCAUCUUUCUGGAAAAGGUGUUAGAAGAAAAUGCACAAAAAAAACGCUUCAAUCAAGUGCUCAAGAACCUCCUCCAUGCUGAGUUCCUGAGGGUACAGGAAGAGCGGAUUCUGCACCAGCAAGUGAAGUGCAUCAUCACAGAGGAGAAGGUGUGCAUGGUGUGCAAGAAGAAGAUUGGGAACAGUGCAUUUGCAAGAUACCCCAAUGGAGUGGUUGUGCACUACUUCUGUUCCAAAGAGGUAAACGCAGCUGACACCUGAGCCCAGCGUCUGAGCAUGUGGCAGUGGACAGCGUGGCUAUAUCAGAAAGGGGACGGAGCAGCCAGCCUGAGAGUCAGGGGCUGCCACCACAGGUGUCACCCCAUUUGACACUACUGGCUUCCUUGUACCCUGGAGCAUCUCUUGACUUAAUUAGACUCGUGGUCUGACCUUGCCGGCUUUUUACUAGAAAAAGAUUAGUUGUACUUUAUACCAUCGUGUUGCGGGCACUUCCAGAGAAUCCAUACCUGCUUGGACCAGAGACCACCGUCUUGCCUUCGAGUACCACUUACCUGGGAAAGGAGAUUCCUCCGAAUGUCUUCGCGCUGAGUUGUUCACUAGAGUUUGCUGAGAGUUGCUUCAGCAUGACUGCCUGGAGAGACCCGCAGGAGGAUGGAAUCGGAGGCCCUCCAGCCUUGCAGUCUGUGUCCUACCCGUGCUUUCUCCGCGGGAACUGUGCCCUGUGUACCCCGAGGACUCCCUGCUUAUCUCUUCGGUUGUCAUUCUCUUUUUGCUCCUCGCUGUUUAUCUUUCCCACUUUGUCUUUCCUCGCGACACCACCCAGGCUCUUCUGCUCCAAGGAUACGAGGACUAGCUCAUAUUUAAAUGAGGCAAAGUGAGAAGCACGAGGGAGUCUGGGUCCCCGCGAACACACUGCAAUGCUCAGAUACAUUGUGGUCAGGGCCCUUCGGCUGUGCACUGUCUGCCUGGAAGCUUAGAGGAGCACCAGUGUGUGCCCAGGAGAGGACCCUGGUGCCUCCCCAUGGGGAACUGGCUGCCACGGCACAGGGUAUGUGGCUUGAGAUGUGUCCUUCGGAGGCAUCUGCUCCUGCCUCACCCCUCAGCUGCUUGAGCAGGUCGCUUAGCCUGUGGGAGUGGAGUUCUCUGGGCUUUGAAUGCCUUGCUGAGUUCCAGUGGCUCCAGCCCUCUGGCCUUGCAGCAGGGCCUGGCCCUUACUCUUGGCUUUGUUCUGUGAGGGUCAAGUAAUGGCACUGAGAUGGCGCAGGAAGAUGGAUCCUGGGCACACUGGGAAUGGCCAGGUCGGGGACUGACAGUGAUGUGAUCCUGAGCAUGUUUGUGAAGUGUCCAGGGACAGCAGAGACCAGGGCAGGUGGCAGGCAGGGCCUGUGGGUCUACACAGGAACUUAGCACCAGCUGCAUGGGGCUCAUGGGGACCCUGCCUGCUAGGGGUGUACGGGUAGGGCCUGGCACAACAGGCUACACAGGGCAUGCAGCCUGCAUUCUGUCCUCCCCAAGCUUUGUGUGCACUUGCAGUCUUCCUGCCUCGAUGCCUUUAAGGGCAGUGAGGGUAGUGACCUUGCCCAACACUGGUACUGCCCAGUAAGCCUGGCCUUGACAUACUGAGGCCUUGGUAAGCGCUGUGGGCUGACCCACUGGGUGUGAGUGGACGAGACUGCUCAGGGCAAGCUCUUAGAAAGGUCAGAAGAGACCAAGGGAGCACAUGAGCAGCGUUCACAGCCGUGGGGCCCUGCUCAGGUCCACAAACCCUGUGGAACAGCACCACAGCCACCCUUGAGGAACAGCGCUGCCAUGGCCCCAACAGACUGAACUUGCUCCAUGAAGCCCCUGGGGGCCCCGCGGCAGGGCUGGAGCUUCCCUGCCACGAGAACCCUGCCUUCCUGGCCUGCUGUGCUGUAGCUUCCAUCUUGUGACCUGUGUUUGACACAACGAAGAGUAUGUUCUCUUUCCACCCUGUUUUCCCAGACUGUGCUCUUCCUUCCCCAGAGACCUGGAGGAGUUGGAGACAGGCUUCCCACAGCAAGUGCUAACGGAGCUCUCACGACUCUCAAAUAAACAUGACCGAGAGGAA